AUGUCGAAACAUCAUCCAGAUCUUAUAAUGUGCCGACGUCAGCCUGGCAUCGCAAUUGGUCGCUUAUGCGAGAAAUGCGACGGGAAAUGUCCUGUUUGUGAUUCGUACGUCCGACCAGAAACUCUUGUUCGGAUAUGCGACGAGUGUAACUUUGGUACAUAUGGGGGACGAUGCAUAAUUUGCGGCUCACCUGGUAUCUCUGACGCGUAUUAUUGUGCGGAGUGCACGCGACUCGAGAAGGAUCGUGAUGGCUGCCCGAAAAUUGUGAAUCUGGGUGCAAGCAGGACGGACUUGUUCUAUGAACGACGUCGUCUAGGCAAGUUGCCAACAGUACCUUGCCUGUGUCAUGCUCACUCAGUAUUUUAG